AUGUGUGGAUCGUUCCUUCAUCCUUUGACGUGCGGUUUUGCGCGAGGAGUUGCUUGGCAAGUGUCAGCGCAAGUAGACGCAGAUGAAAAUCUAAAGUGCGAAGAGAACGAGACGCGAAAGAAUUAUCGUGUGCGCUUGCUGCGAGAGAGAUAUGAUCGCUUUACUGUCAUAUUCCAAUGUUACAAGGAGAAUUUUACCGUUGACUUCAAGCGCUUUCAGUCAAUUUUUCCACCACUUCGCGAGAAAUUUAGUCGAUGGAAUCAUAGGAAAAUCGCAGAACGCAAUCAAUACACGACGAUGUUCAACAUCGAAGCUUGGAAUAAACUUUCCCCGGCGAUGCAAGCUAAACAUACAUUCCAAAAUUGUAAGCAAUGUCAGCUGAAAUACAAUCACAUACAAGUUUUAUUUCCUACCAAAUGCAAGAGGUUCACCGGCUUAAUGAAGGAGAAUAAUCCCAAAGUCGCGAACAAAGCCAUUAAAGUCCAACUGCCAAGUCAACCAGGGAGUACCACUCUCCGUGAAGCAGGUGAGACUGCAAAGUCCUUGUACGACCAGCUGAACCCCAUGUUUGAAAAGAUCACUGGACAUUCCCUUGUUAAAGCAUUGACCAAAGUAAAAGAUCUCAAUAUUGAGGAGAAGAAGUCUAAAGCUGAAAAAAAACGAACAGUAAGAAAUAAUUAUAGAAAAUUCAAGGAAGCAGUAGAAACAGAAUGGGAAAAUACAUCUUUUAUCAGGUAAAUGUGUGCAGGGCCGUACGCAGGAUUUUUUCACCAGGGGGGGGGGGGGCAGUAAGGCCUAAACGCCAAAAAAAGUCCAAAAUAUCCAAAGAAUAAUUAAUAAUGACAUUAUAAAUAUCGAAAAUAUAGUUUUUCUGGAGGGGGCAGUUGCCCCCCCUGCCCUCCUCCCCGGCGGUGUAUGGCCCUGAAUGUGUGGGUUAAUUUGGUCAUUAAAUAUUUGGGACAUGUAAUAUUGUAGGUUGAUAAGCCCCAAUGGACUGACAGCUACAUAGCCUGUAUACAGAAAUUAAUUAUUGGAAAAAUCUCAUUUCUCAAACUUAAGAUGAAUCACUGGGGUCACAGAGCCUCUCAUUAACCAUAACCUAUUAAGGCACAAUGCACCCUGGUACUCAACUUUGUUAUUUUAUUCUGUAUAUAAUGAUGUAUAGUGGAGUUUAUUUGACAAUUAGGGUCUCCUCUUGCACCUUAAUGGGUUAAUACAUUUGCCUGCAAUGAUAUGGACACAUCUAAUUAAUCAUAUAAAUAUAAUAUAGGACAAACUGCCUCAUUAUCAUUAAAAAACAACAUAUAAAACGAAAAAUAUUUCUAUUUUAUAGAUGCUUUGGAAAUAGGCAAUCACUAUCUGGGCGGCAAAGGGAAAGGUUGGCAAUGGCUUUUGAGAGCAAGGAAGAGGCUACUGAGCGAAGUAAUUUGGAGAAAUUCCAAGAAAAGAAGAAAAAAAGUCCAGUUGGCAAGUUUGAUAAGAUGGAAUGGGACCAGGAGGCAAUGAAAGCUGAAGUUAUGGGCUAUGGUGAUGGGACAUUGGUAAAUUGGUCAGAAUUAGGACGGCGGUAUGGAAUUAAAAACAUCAAUGGAAACUUGGCACAAAAUGGUGGUCAAAUUGCUUUUGAAUGGCUGAAAUCAGAAGGAGUUGAUGUGGAGAGAUUUAAAAAAAGGCAAGCAGGAAAUGAUGCUGGAAAUAUCAGAAAAAGAUUAAAACGGUGUGCAGGUGGUGAAAUCACAGUGCCAUGUCCUGAAACUAACAAAAGUGUACAAGACAAAUUGAAGCAAAAGGUUUUGUCUGGUGAUAUUAAUGUUGGAGAAUUAAUUGUGCCAAGAAAGGUAAUUAUUAUUAAAUUUAUUUUAUUAAGUUUCACUGGUGAAAUGGAACAAUUUGCUUAAUUUGCAGUAAUUGAUAACUGCAUUCAGUGUUCCCAUUUUAAUAUUAAGUUAAACUAAAUAAAUAUUAUAUAUUAAAUAUUAUAAGAACUGAUCAUCGGUGUGGGCACUACAAUUAUUAAAGUUAAUUACUGUAAAGUCUCGAAAGUAAGCACCCCCUCGAAAGUAAGCGCCUUUUUCAACACUUCCUAGAGAAUCUGGAAAGUAAGCGCCCCCUCGAAAGUAAGCGCCCCUUCAAAAGUAAGCGCCCCCACCCACCCCCGAAAAAAGUUUUGUAAAGUUGUAAAACAUAGGGUAUAUAUUAUAAAAGAAACUCUCUAAACCAUAUGUACAGUAUACCAUAUAUACUCUAGCUGUAGCAUGGAUUUAAAAAUGGCCGAUAUGCUGAAAAUAACAACUCGAAAGUAGGCGCCCUUAGAAAGUAAGCGCCCCCUCAAAAGUAAGCGCCCCUUGAGGCCACUAAUUUCGAAAGUAAGCAGGGCGCUUACUUUCGAGACUUUACGGUAUAUAAUAAAUUAUUCCAGCAAGUUAAUAAUAAUAAUUAAAUUAUUUCUUUUCUAGUACGAGAAGCUAGUGCUCAAUGAUGAUGGUUCUGUCAAUAGGUCUGAAUUUUAUGUGGAAGGACGCAAAUGCCCCCUCAUUGAAAUUCGAAAGAGAAAGCUGUCAGAACUGGAAAGAUUCAUGAGAUUGAAUGCUGAGAAGGAUGUAGCCAGUAUGAGUGAGGAAGAAUGUUCUAAGAGAUUGACAAUGCUAAAUGAAGCAAAGGAUGGAGAGUGUGAAACCGAAAUGAAAGGACGGCUGCAGGAAAUGGAAAGAACACGGCACUUGAUGGUAUGGCAUGACCUCUCUACUGUGGCUAACCAUUCACACCUUGUGUUUAUGGCAACUUGUCUUUAUGAUCCAGCAACAUUUUACACCAGCAGUGAAUAUGAAGCUAUGACAGGAAGAAAGGUCAACAUUCAAUCUCUAGUUGAAUCCCCCAGCUUAUACAUAGUAGCAAGAUCCUCAUCCUCUGAUGCAGACCAGUUGUGCUAUGUUGAUACCAGACUGGAAUGUUUGGAGGAACUUUCUUCUGAAGUUAUAGCAACUGCUUCCGGUGAACCGCUCAUAGACAAGAUGAGGUUCUUCCAUGGCGACAGCCCUUCACGUCAAUAUGAAGCUGGUCAGCAAAAAGGAGGAAAUUACUACUGUGCUCUGUGUGGUGCAAGUGCUCACCGUGUGUAUGAGCUAGAUUAUGUGUUUCGUUGCCCACAUAUGUCUCUGGGUGAUCGACAGCAGUUGGUAUUAAAAGGCCCAUGUGGUAAGGUAAAUUCCUUAGCAAAAUCAAACAAACCCUUUCACGGACUGACAAAACCCAACUUAGUCAAGGAGUUAAACGCAAGAUCAAUCUUUGAUGGUGAUAAGAAGAAAGAGUUGGAAGAUCUACUGAAGGAGGAGUUGCAUGGAGUUCAGCGAGUGCCAGCAUUACUUUUCACCCGUCCCGACAAAACCUUAGAAUCGAUUAACUGUGCUAGUUAUGAAAUUCUAGGUUUUGAACCCCUUCAUGACAUUGGAAAGCACAUCGAAAAUUUAUUAACCGAGCUUCCUGACCACCUACCAACAAACGAAGCUUCUAAACUGAAGGCUGUUCUAGAAUUAUCCAUUGGGGGUAAAGAAACAAAGCGGACCAUUGAUUAUCGAUGCGCUUUGAUCAUGGUUUCAAAUCAGAUUCGAGGCAUCGUUAAUCCAAUGGUCCAGUUGUUACUUGACACCCUUGUGGAAAUUCAAGAGAUAGCCUACAGUUCAGAAGCACAAAGAACCCCACGAUCAGUCCUGAGACUUCAUAACCUUACCUGGUACCAUGGCAUGCUGUGUAGGUCUGUUAUUGGAUUUUCCUUGAAGCAACUGACCACCCGGAAGUUUUAUGGAAAUUACUUUCACAACAUAACAGCACAUGCACCCAUUCAGAACAGAUUGAUCAGUGGCAUAUCAACAAACACCGAGGAGCAAGAAAGAGUUUUCAACAGUAUCAACAGCAUCACAAGAACAACAUCAUCCUACCAUCCACACCAUAUCAUUGGCAAUGUGUUCAUCCGACUCCAGGCUGAGAAAGAUCUUAAGUCCCUACAACCUUCCAUCUCUGACACACAAGAAGCUCAUGUUACCAAACUUGCAUCCUCUCUACCAACUUUUGAAAAUACUGUUAUUCCAAAACAGAUGCUAACAAGGAAUCCCAGAUUUUGGCAAGCUCAUCUUGAAAGAAUUUGUGAUUUCUUAUUAGCAGGCGAUGGAAUUUGGUGGAGAACUUGCACAAAUGGUGAUAUUGAGUUUUUUGAUGCAAAGGGAAAUCCUGAUGCUGUUCCUCAAGGACCAACCCUGCACCAUUUCCGCUCGAGCAACUUCAAAGCAGAGGAGAAUUACUUGAAAACCUGUUGGCAAAUGUGUUUGGAAAGAAAAAUACCAAUGCCAAUCAAAGUGCUUCAAAUUGAAAAUGCUGAGGGCAAUAUGGUGUUAAAGGAAGCAGAGAUAGCAAAUGAUUUAGAGGGAGUUGGACUUGAAGGUCAUUCCCGUACGAAAAGUUACAGCCUGACUGAGCGAGAUUCUGGCCAGUAUCUGGCCAUAAACCAAUUAAAGCAGCGGUAA